UGGCGCCGCGAACUCGCCACAUUGUAGCGCACAAGGCCGGGGGGCGGGGCGGCCUCUGGGAUCUUCUCAGCGCAGCAGCAGCAGCAGGGAGGGAGCCCGGCGCAGACAUGGGGGCGCAGCUCAGCAGGGGAACCUUCUUGAGGAACAGCCCCUGACUCACAGCUGCUGUAACUCUAGAAGGACAUGUGACCAGGUCAGCUGGGACUGGACUCUCUCUCUCUUGGAAUAUCAGUGUUUUUCCAGUGACUGGUGUGGGAACCAAGCUUUGAAACAGAGUCCCCACCAUAUGCAAAAGCUUGGAGUGAUUGUGACGUACCCGUUAUGGCUAAUCUACAGCUGGUUCACAAGACUCUUUAGGAAUCCCCCUCCUGCAAUUACCCUGGAGAACUCUGAAGUGAAAUACCCAUUAAGGCUGAUUGACAAAGAGGAAAUUAGCCACGACACGAGAAGAUUUCGCUUUGCCCUUCCAACUCGAGAGCACAUUCUAGGUCUCCCUGUUGGACAGCAUAUUUAUCUUUCUGCACGGAUUAAUGGAAAUCUGGUUGUCAGACCCUACACACCAGUCUCCAGCGAUGACGACAAAGGCUAUGUGGAUCUUGUUGUUAAGAUUUAUUUUAAAGGGGUCCAUCCAAAGUUCCCCGAUGGAGGGAAGAUGUCUCAAUAUUUAGACAGCUUGAAAUUAGGGGAUACCAUUGACUUCAGAGGUCCCAGUGGAUUACUUGUCUACAAGGGAAAAGGCACGUUUGCUAUUCGUGCUGAGAAGAAAUCUGAACCUGUUCUUAAAACAGUGAAAUAUGUUGGAAUGAUUGCAGGUGGAACUGGCAUAACUCCUAUGCUGCAGCUCAUUCGCGCCAUCAUGAAGGACAAAGAUGAUCCCACGGUUUGUCAGCUGCUGUUUGCUAAUCAGACUGAGAAAGACAUCCUGUUACGUUCAGAACUGGAGGAAGUUCAGGUUCAGCAUCCAGAACGCUUUAAGCUUUGGUACACAUUGGACAGAGCACCUGAGAAUUGGGAUUAUAGCCAGGGAUUUGUGAGUCAAGACAUGCUCAGAGAACACAUGCCCCCUCCUCAAGAUGAUGUUCUAAUCCUCAUGUGCGGCCCUCCUCCAAUGAUCCAGUAUGCUUGCUUACCUAACCUUGAAAAACUGGGAUACACCAAGGACAUGAGAUUCUCCUACUAAAGAAGAUUUAGCUGUGCUGUAGUGCGGAAAGAAAGCUGAUGUAAGGAAAAGCAUCUAGUUAACAGGGAACAAGACAAAGUAUGCACACAAGUGGCUGGUGUACAGUGCUGGGAAGCUACAUUUAAAUUAUAAUCACUUAGAUUUCUUAAUGAGUUUGGAAGACAAGCCAUCCGUUUUAGACUCAAAUUUUAAUUUUUACUGUUUUUGGUGUUGUGCGAAAUUUUGGCACAACACUAAAAACAAACAAUUUAACCAGAUUGCAGGUGCGUAGUAAUGUAUGAUGUUUCCCUUAACACAUUCGUCAGAGAGACUCAUUGACUACAAUUCAAUGUCAAUUUUCAGCAGUAAAGCAGAAUUUUUAAGGGAAUGAAGAGGUCAGUUACAUUGCUUAGCAUUGUAAUCACAGUGGUAACUAGUUACUUCCCAACACUGUGUAUAUUGGAUAGCAUACAUGGUGUGAACUAUGGCCACCUAUGAGAAGGACACCUUUAUUUACCUUACUAUUGCCAAAUCUUAAUUAUCUCAAAGCUUUUACAGUAGGCGGGUCAACAGUGGCUGCCUCUUCCACAGUCAUUUUGCAGAGGUGAAAUCUGGUGGUUUAUUGGUUAUGACAGCUAUGGUGUAAGAUGUCAAACAUAAAUACACCUACUAGGAACAUAAUUUCUAGUUGUAUUUUGGACUGACCUCACUUAAAGCAGAUCUUUUCCAGCUGAUCACCUUCAUUAGCCAUUCCCCUCUCAAGGACCUGAGAUUAAUUCCUGAAGGCAGGGGCUUUUGAAUAUAGAAUGUUGAAGCAGUUAUUUAAAGAGCUGAAGGUGCUAGACUAGGGGGGAGGUGUUCCCUCUGUAGAAAACUGUAGAUUUGACUACUUUUCAGAACUGCUCCUGCUGAGAUUUCACUUGCAAAUCUCUAGGUGUACGAAAAUCCCACUAGUAAAAACUACUAUUUA